CCCCAGGCCCGAUGCUCCUGGGAGGGUGAGAAGGGGGGAGGCGUUAACCCCGCUUGGAGAUCGCGGAUGAGCCGGUGACAGUCCGGCAAGGUCCGGCGGGGGACAAGUGUCGGCGGAGUGGGCAGCGGCCAUGGCAGACCACAGCGCCAUCCAGUCUGCCGCCUCCAUGAGCAUCCGGCCUUUCCGUUCCAGCGAGGAAUACCUGGAGGCCAUGAAGGAAGACCUGGCAGAGUGGCUUCAUGCCCUGCACGGCCUGGCCGUGCCGGGGGGCGAGGGCUUCCUGGAGGCACUGGAGACGGGCGCGGCCCUGUGCCACCACGCCAACCACGUCAACGCCGUGGCCCGCGAGUUCGCCCUCGCCCACCCGGAGGCCGCCCGCCGCCUCCCACGGGUGCCCGGGCGCGAUGUGGUUUUCCAAGCUCGGGGCGUGGCGCCCGGCUCCUUCCUGGCCCGCGACAACGUGUCCAACUUCAUCGGCUGGUGCCGCGGCGAGCUGGGCAUCCCCGAGGUGCUCAUGUUCGAGACGGACGACCUGGUGCUGCGCAAGAACGAGAAGAACUUCGUGCUGUGCCUCCUGGAAGUGGCCCGGCGCGGCUCCAAGCUCGGGGUGCUGGCGCCCGUGCUCAUCCAGCUCGAGGAGGAGAUCGAGGAGGAGAUCGAGGAGGAGAUGCGGGACCAGGCCCGCGGACCGGCCCCCGCCGGGGACCGGGAGGCCGGAGCUCCAGACCACCGGACUCGCCCCUACCCAGGCCGCGGGCCUGGCAUGACCCUGUGCGACCUGAGGAACCUGGAUGAGUUGGUGCGGGAGAUUCUGGGCCACUGCACCUGCCCAGCCCAGUUCCCCAUGAUCAAAGUCUCAGAGGGUAAAUAUAAAGUGGGAGACUCCAGCGCCCUGAUCUUUGUUCGAGUGCUGAGAAGACACGUGAUGGUGAGGGUCGGGGGAGGAUGGGAUACCCUGGAGCAUUACCUGGAUAAACACGAUCCCUGCCGCUGCACCUCACUCUCGCACCGCCAGCCUCAGCCUCGGGUCCAGGCCUUCUCGCCCCAGAAGCCGCCCUCGGCCCCCAGCCCCCGACCCUCCAGCCCCCAGUGUGUGUCGGAAGGGCUGGGCCCCCCCCGGGGGGCUCCAGAGCCGAUGCGAAGCGGGGGCGACCGGAGGGGCUCGGAGCGGCCCCCGGCCCGGGCUGGGGUCCCGCCCGCCCCGACUCCGGACCCGUCCGGCGUCCGCAACCAGCGCGGCGGGCCGGACCCCCGACAGUCCACCCCUCUCAGGCUCCGGGACCAGCUGCCCCCCAGAUCUCGCCGACACUCGGGCGACAGCGACUCUUCGGCCUCUUCGGCCCAGAGCGGCCCCCUGGCCGGCCGCCGCGUGGAUGACCCGGCCCCGGGGUCCCGGAGGGACGGCGGGGGCGGACGGCGACGGUCGGCCGGGGCCGCCCCCGGGCCUCCCCUCGCCCCCCGGAGCCAGUCACGCGACCGGGGACCGCGCCCGGGGGACCGGGGAAGACCUCCGGCGACCAACGGGACGUCCCGCGUGUCCUCGCCGGGCCUGUCGCGGAGGGCUCCCCGGGCCCGGAGCCAGGGGCGUGACGGGGCGGCCGUGCUGGUGAUCAGCAGGGACCGGGGCGGCCAGCACACGUGGGCACGGGCCGAGGGGCGCCCGGGAGGCUCGGGCCGCAGCACCCCGCGCUCCCAGAGUCCGGCGCCUCCCCGUGCCCCCCCUCCCAGCCGCGCCGCCCCGGCCUCUGAGCCCCCCAGGCGACCCCGGGCCUCCCGGCCUCCGGUGGACAGUCUGAGCCGGGAGCUGGAGGAACUGUCCCGCAGCUUCCUGACCCCCUGGACCCUGGACCCGGGGCAGGAGCAGCACCUGAUCCGGUGCCUGGAGCAGGAGUUCCUAGCUAACUCUCAGGCCCUGGCGGCGGAGGGGCCCCCCCUGUCCUCGCCCCGGGCCCCCCAGACCACCCCAGACCCCCCAGCCCCCGACUCGGCUUACUGCUCCUCCAGCUCCUCUUCCUCCUCCCUCAACUUCUUCACCAAAUACGGGUACCUGGGCGAGGCGCCCCGGGCCGGGCUGACCCCCGAGGGCGUCGCCAAUGGCUCCGAAGAGGCCUGGGCCUCCCAGGUCGCCGGCCCCCAGAGGCCGCCGGCCCGCUCCAGCUCCUCAGACGAAAGCAACUCCUUCAGGGCUCCGGAUGGCCCAGCGGGGGCCCCGGGGGGCCCCGAGGGUGGCUGGAGUGAGCCGGACCUGGGGGCCUCUGAGGAGGAGGAGGAGGAGCGAGAGAAGGAGGCGCCCACGCCUGGCAACCGGGCUCCCACCACAGGCCCGCGGCGCCCGCCCGGCCAGAGCCCGGCCCCCCAUCAGCCCAAACCGCCGCCCUGCGCCCGGCCCCGUGCGGACCACCAGCCGGGCCGCAGGCCGUCCCGCAUCCCCACCCCGCUGAAUUACCGCAGCCCACGAGGGGGCUCCCCCAGGGACAGCCCCCCGGGGUCCCCGAGGUGGAGGGUCUUGCCCUCCGGCCCCCCCGGCUUGCUGGAACCGCUGGCUCGGGCCCCCCAGGAAGCGGGUGGACAGGGGGAGGCCGGCUGGAUGUGACCCCCUCCUUCCCCCCGCCCCGGGCCCUGCUGCUGUGGCCAUUCGGGGGCCGCCCCCUUCCCCAGCCCCGGCUGACUGGGGAUUUAAAGGGCUGGGGGAACCAUUGCACCCUUGCUCUGCUGCUCUCCUCUCAGCUGGACGCCUCCCUGCCCCCUCUCCUCUCGGUGCCUUAGUUUACCCAUUCCGCCGGCGGUGGGCCUGGGGUGUGGGGGCGGUCCGGCCCCACAGCCCCCGAUGGAGGCGGCUUGGUAGCCUGUCGUGGCUCUUGUUUGGCUCUGGGACCCCCCCUCUCCCCCGCUGGUGGCACGGAAUGGGGGCUCAGGGAUUCCGGCCCCUCCCUGCCCCGGGCGGGACCCCACCCCAGGAGCUGGCUGCCUGUGUGUGCGGGAAUAGCACAUGUAUUUAAAUCUAAUAUAUUGAGCGUGCGUGUGUGUGUGUGUGUGUGUGUGUGGACAGGCUGAGGCCGACGCCCCAGCUCUAAUGACCCCUGACCCUAGACUUCCUAUUAGACUCACCCACGAACGGCCCCCCACG